UCAUCUCAUCAUCUCGUAUGCAUGGACUGCUCAGGCUAUUUUCACUUAAAUCUUGCACUUUUUUUGUGCAAAAUUCCUGCAGCCCGGAAAUUGGAGCUGCGUUGUGAUGUUAGAUCCCAGUUGGCUGUCGCUCUCAGCUCAUCCAAUCGAGGUCAAAGGUGUGUGGCUCGGAGCUCAGCCUGCAGCAGAUCGAGGCCGAGCUGCGCUAGAGGAGCAACCGAGUCCGUGUAGUACGUCCAUGGCGCCCUCCCGGAGGGUCCUCAUGCUCUGCGGCGACUACAUGGAGGACUACGAGGCCGCCGUCCCGCUCUACGCGCUCGCCGCCCUCGGCGUCGCCGUCGACCGCAUCGCGCCCGGCAAGCACCCUGGCGACGCAUGCCUCACCGCCGUCCACGAGUUCCUCGGCUUCGAGCUCUACACGGAGCUCCCGGGCCACCGGUUCGCGGUCACCGCGGACUUCGCGGCGGCGGCGGCGAACCCGUCGCGCUACGACGCGCUCGUCGUCCCGGGCGGCCGGUUCGCGGAGCACCUCAGCGCGGACGAGGGCGCCGUGGCGCUCGUCGCGGCGUUCGCGGAGAUGCGGCGGCCCGUCGUCCUGACGUGCCACAGCCAGCUGCUGCUCGCCGCGGCGGGGGGCCUGGCGGGCGGGGUGCGGUGCACGGCGUUCUUCGGCGUGCGCCCCGUCGUCGAGCUCGCCGGCGGGACGUGGGUCGACCCGGAACCAUUCAGCCUUUGCGUCGCCGAUGGGCACGUGCUCUCCGCCAUCGGGUGGCCCGCGCACGCCGAGAUCAUCGCCAAGCUCCUCGCCGCCAUGGGCGCGCGCGCCGACGCCGGCCGCGGCGGGCAGCGCGUCCUCGUGCUCUGCGCCGACUACGUGGACGACUACGAGGCGAACGUGCCGUUCCGGGCGCUGGCCGGCGUGGGCUGCCGCGUCGAGUCGGCGUGCCCGACCAAGCGCAGGGGCGAGCCCUGCGUCACGGCCAUCUACGACGCCGUGAAACCGGGCGCGGUGAGCGAGGAGAGGCGGGGGCACAACUUCGCAGUGACCGCGGACUGGGCGGACGCGAGCGCCGACGGCUUCGACUGCGUCGUCGUCCCCGGCGGCCGGGCGCCGGAGCUGCUGGUGACCCACGAGAGCGCGGUGGCGCUGGUCCGGGAGUUCGCAGACAAGGGGAAGGUCGUGGCCAGCAUCGGGCAGGGCCACCUGCUCCUCGCCGCCGCGGGGCUGCUCCGGGGCAGGAGGUGCGCGAGCGGGGUGCCCAUGAGGGUGGUCUCGAGGCUGGCUGGGGCAGAGGUUGUGGAGACGGAAGGGGCGGUCGCCGACGGGAAGAUCGUGACGGCGGCGGGAUGGCCGGACCUUGCGCCGUUCGUGGCUCGCCUCGUCGACCUCCUCGGCAUCACCGUUUCGUUCUGAAGCGGCGUCGCAUCUCUGCUCUGCAAACUCUCAGCGCGCGCUGAACUGAACACUGCGGUGUUCUGAAUGUCCAGUUGUUUAGAGAUUCUCUUCAUGUGGUUUGAGAAUAAAACCGAUGAAUCACAUAAAGUUUUGUUGACAGAAAAAUCGCAUCUUUCUGAAAGUUGAAUAAGAAGCACCAUUACCUGCAGAAAAAAGAAGCACCAGGUGCUUCUGCUGCUUAAUGCUGGUUGGGGUUAAACAGGUAA